AGCGUUAAUAGCUCGUAACAACAACACAGACUGAACAGAAACGCAGUGAGAAAAGGUCUGCUGGAUUUUACUGUCCAGGAUCACCACAAGAGAGGAAUGGAGGAGAACCAGGACCCAGAACACUGCACUGAUAUCACUGUUAAAAAGGAAGAAUCAGACCCAGUAGCUGUUACCACCGAUAAACAGGUCAGUAGAGGUCUGCUGGAUUUUACUGUCCAGGAUCACUACAAGAGAGGAAUGGAGGAGAACCAGGACCCAGAGCACUGCACUGAUAACACCGUUAAAAAGGAAGAAUCAGACCCAGUAGCUGUUACCACCGAUAAACAGAGAGUUCACACUGGAGAGAAGCUGUGCAGCUGUGACCAAUGUGGGAAAACUUUCACUACACAUUCGACUCUUAAAAAUCACCAACGCAUUCACACUGGAGAGAAGCCGUACAGUUGUGACCAAUGUGGGAAAACUUUCACUACAUAUUCGACUCUUCAAAUUCACCAACGCAUUCACACUGGAGAGAAGCCGUACAGCUGUGACCAAUGUGGGAAAGCUUUUGCUGACAGGAGUUCCUUAAGACAACACAAACACAUUCACAUUGGAGAGAAGCUGUACUGCUGUGACCAAUGUGGGAAAACUUUCACUCGAAACAUGUCUCUAAAAGUCCACCAACGCAUUCACACUGGAGAGAAGCCGUACAGCUGUGACCAAUGUGGGAAAACUUUUUCUUACGGCAGUUCCUUAAAACAUCACCAACGCAUUCACACUGGAAAGAAACCAUACAACUGUGACCAAUGUGGGAAAACUUUCACUUCAAACAUGACUCUAAAAUAUCACCAACGCAUUCACACUGGAGAGAAGCCGUACUGGUGUGAGCUAUGUGGGAAAACUUUUGUUUACGGCAGUUCCUUAACAAGUCACAAACGCAUUCACAGUGGAGAGAAGCCGUACAGCUGUGACCAAUGUGGGAAAACUUUCAAUCAAAACAAGAAUCUAAAAGUCCACCAACGCAUUCACACUGGAGAGAAGCCGUACAGCUGUGACCAAUGUGGGAAAACUUUUGCGUUCCUCAGUAAUUUUAAAAGUCACCAACGCAUUCACACAGGAGAGAAGCCUCAUCGCUGUCAACACUGUAACAAAGCCUUCACAAAAUCAGGACAUUUAAAGAUCCAUCAACGCAUUCACACUGGAGAGAAGCCGUACAGCUGUGACCAAUGUGGGAAAACCUUCACUACAAAUGUCCACCUUAGAAUCCACCAACGCAUUCACACUGGAGAAAAGCCGUACAGCUGUGACCAAUGUGGGAAAACCUUCACUACAAAUGUCCACCUUAGAAUCCACCAACGCAUUCACACUGGAGAAAAGCCGUACAGCUGUGACCAAUGUGGGAAAACCUUCACUACAAAUGGCCAGCUUAGAAUCCACCAACGCUUUCACACUGGAGAGAAGCCGUACAGCUGUGACCAAUGUGGGAAAACCUUCACUACAAAUGUCCAGCUUAGAAUCCACCAACGCAUUCACACUGGAGAAAAGCCGUACAGCUGUGACCAAUGUGGGAAAACCUUCGCUACAAAUGGCCAGCUUAAAAUACACCUAUACAUUCACACUGGAGAAAAGCCGUACAGCUGUGACCAAUGUGGCAAAACCUUCACUACAAAUGUCCAGCUUAGAAUCCACCAACGCAUUCACACUGGAGAAAAGCCGUACAGCUGUGACCAAUGUGGGAAAACCUUCGCUACAAAUGGCCAGCUUAAAAUACACCAACGCAUUCACACUGGAGAGAAGCCGUACAGCUGUGACCAAUGUGGGAAAACCUUCGCUACAAAUGGCCAGCUUAAAAGACACCAACACAAUCACACUGGAGAGAAGCCAUACAGCUGUGACCAAUGUGGGAAAACCUUCGCUACAGAUGGCCAGCUUAAAAGACACCAACACAAUCACACUAAGCUGUACAGCUGUUACCAAUGUGGUAAAACCUUCGCUACAGAUGGCAACCUUAAAAGACACCAUCAAAUUCACACUGAAGAAAAGCCGUACAGCUGUGACCAAUGUGGGAAAACCUUCGCUACAAAUGGCCAUCUUAAAAUCCACCAACGCAUUCACACUGGAGAAAAGCCGUACAGCUGUGACCAAUGUGGGAAAACUUUCUCUACAAGCAGUGCUCUAAAAGCCCAUCUACGCAUUCACACUGGAGAGAAGCCGUACAGCUGUGACCAAUGUGGGGAAACUUUCACUCAAGACAGUAAUUUAAGAAGCCACCAGCGUAUUCACACUGGAGAGAGGCCAUACAGCUGUGUUGAAUGUGGAAAAUCAUAUACGAGAAGCACUGUUCUAAAAAAGCACCAACGUAUUCACACUGGAGAGAGGCCAUACAGUUGUGACGAAUGUGGGAAAUCAUAUACGAGAGUCACUAAUCUAAAAAAGCACCAAUGUAUUCACACUGGAGAGAGGCCAUACAGUUGUGAUCAGUGUGGGGAAACUUUCAUCACAAAUAGCAGUCUUAAAAACCACCAACGUGUUCACACCGGAGAGAAGCCGUAUAGCUGUAAGCAAUGUGGGAUAUGUUUCGCUGACUCCAGGUCCCUAAAAAGACAUCUAAACAUCCACACUGGCGAGAAGCCGUACAUCUGUAAGCAAUGUGGCUUAAGUUACCCUGACGGCAGGUCCUUAAAAAGACAUCAACGUAUUCACACUGGCGAGAAGCAGUACUGCUGUGACCAAUGUGGGAAAACUUUCACUACACAUUCGACUCUUAAAAGUCACCAACGCAUUCACACUGGAGAGAAGCCGUACAGCUGUGACCAAUGUGGGAAAAGUUUCCCUUUACAUUCGACUCUUAAAAAUCACCAACGCAUUCACACCGGAGAGAAGCCGUACAGCUGUGACCAAUGUGGGAAAACCUUCACUACAAAUGACCAGCGUAGUAAACACCAACACAUUCACAAUGUAGAAAAGCCGUACAGCUGUGACCAUUGUGGGAAAACUUUCACUCGAAACAUGUCUCUAAAAGUCCACCAACGCAUUCACACUGGAGAGAAGCCGUACUGGUGUGAGCUAUGUGGGAAAACUUUUGCUUACAGCACUUCCUUAAGACAUCACCAACGUAUUCACACUGGAGAGAAACCUUACAACUGUGACCAAUGUGGUAAAACUUUCACUUUAAGCAUGACUCUAAAAGUCCACCAACGCAUUCACACUGGAGAGAAGCCAUACAGCUGUGACCAAUGUGGGAAAUCUUUCAAUAAAAACAUGAAUCUAAAAGUCCACCAACGCAUUCACAGUGGAGAGAAGCCGUACAGUUGUGACGAAUGUGGAAAAACUUUUACUGUCCUCAGUAAUUUAAAAAGUCACCAACGCAUUCACACUGGAGAGAAGCCGUACUGAAUGGGACUCAAACAUCACCACUGUCAACACUGUGACAAAGCCUUCACAACAUCAGAAUACUUAAAGAUUCAUCAAAGAGUUCACACUAGAAAGAAGCCAUACAGCUGUGACCAAUGUGGGAAAACCUUUGCUACAAAUGGCCACCUUAAAAGCCACCAAUACAUUCACACUGGAAAAAAGCCGUACAGCUGUGACCAAUGUGGGAAAACAUUCAGUAAUAAAAGCUAUCUUAUAAGGCACAACCACAUUCACACUGGAGAGAAGCCGUACAGCUGUGGCCAAUGUGGGAAAACUUUCACUAUACGUAAAUAUCUUAAAAGUCACCAACUCAUUCACACUGGAGAGAAGCCGUACAUCUGUGACCAAUGUGGGAAAACUUUCACUACACAUUCGACUCUUAAAGGUCACCAACGCAUUCACUCUGGAGAGAAGCCGUACAGCUGUGACCAAUGUGGGAAAACUUUCACUUCACGUACGCAACUUAUAAGACACCAACGCAUUCACACUGGAGAGAAUCCAUAUAGCUGUGACCAAUGUGGGAAAAGAUUCAGUAAUGAAAGCUGUCUUAAAAGUCACCAACACAUUCACAGUGGAGAGAAGCCGUACAGAUGUGACCGAUGUGAGAAAACAUUCAGUAAUGAAGGCUGUCUUAAAAGUCACCAACGCAGUCACACUCGAGAGAAGCCGUACAGCUGUGACCAAUGUGGGAAAACUUUCACUACACAUACGGGUCUUAAAAGUCACCAACGCAUUCACACUGGAGAAAAGCCGUACAGCUGUGACCAAUGUGGGAAAACUUUCAUUACAAAUGGCCAGCGUAAUAUACACCAACACAUUCACACUGUAGAAAAGCAGUACAGCUGUGACCAAUGUGGGAAAACAUUCAGUAUUAAAAGCUAUCUUAUAAGACACCAACAUAUUCACACUGGAGAGAAGCCGUACAGCUGUGAGCUAUGUGGGAGAAAAUUCGCUCACAUUGCUUCCAAAAAAACUCACCAACGCAGUCAUACUGGAGAGAAGCCGUACAGCUGUGACCAAUGUAGGAAAACUUUCACUACACAUGCGCAUCUUAAAAUUCACCAACGCAUUCACACUGGAGAGAAGCCGUACAGCUGUGACCAAUGUGGGAAAAAAUUCAGUAAUAAAAGCUGCCUUAUAAGGCACCAACGCAUUCACACUGGAGAGAAGCCGUACAGCUGUGACCAAUGUGGGAAAGCUUUCAGUAGAUUAACGUUUCUUAAAAGUCACCAAUGCAUUCAUACUGGAGAGAAGCCCUCGCAGUCGGCACACUGUGACAAAGCCUUCAGGACAUCAACAUAUUUAAAGAUUCAUCAAAAAGUUCAUACAGGAGAAAAACUUUACAGCUGUGACCAAUGUGGGAAAACUUUCACUACAGACAGUAAUCUAAAAAGCCACCAACGCACUCAUACUGGAGAGAAGCCGUAUUGGUGUGAGUACUGUGGGAAAACUUUCUCUCAAGACAGUAAUCUAAAAAGCCACCAACGCACUCAUACUGGAGAAAAGCCGUAUUGGUGUGAACAAUGUGGGAAAACUUUCUCUCAAGACAGUAAUCUAAAAAGCCACAAACGCAUUCACACUGGAGAGAAGCCAUACUGGUGUGAGCAGUGUGGCAAAUCCUUCGCUCAAGACAGUAACUUAAAAAGCCACCAACGCAUUCACAUUGGAGAGAAGCCAUACUGGUGUAAGCAAUGCGGGAAAACCUUUACUCAAGACAGCAAUCUAAAAAGCCACCAGCGCACUCACAUUGGAGAGAAGCCUUACUGGUGUUACCAAUGUGGGAAGACUUUUACCAAAGACAGUAAUCUUAAAAGCCACCAACGCAUUCACACAGGAGAGAAGCCGUACUGGUGUGAGCAAUGCGGGAAAACAUUCACUCAAGACAGUACUCUAAAACGCCACCAACGCAUUCACACUGGAGAGAAGCCGUACUGGUGUGAACAAUGUGGGAAAACUUUCAUUACAGACAGUAAUCUAAAAAGGCAUCAACGCAUCCACAAUGGGAAGAAAACUUAUGUUUGUUUGCAUUGUCACAAAGAUUUCAUUUCAGACAGUGUUCUUAAAUGCCACCUACGCAUUCACACUGGAGAAAAGCCGUACGAGUGUGAGCAAUGUGGGAAAGCCUUUGCUCAACACAAAGGUCUAAAACUACACCGAUUCAUCCACACUGGAGAGAAGCCGCACAGGUGUGACCAAUGUGGGAAAACGUUCACUACGAACUGUAAUCUAAAACAGCACCGACGCAGUCACACUGUAGAGAAGCCAUUCUGCUGUGACCAAUGUGGGAGAACUUUCACAACGGACAGUAAUCUAAAAGUGCACCGACGCCUUCAUGCUGGAGAGAAGCCGUACAGCUGUGACAAAUGUGGGAAAACUUUUGCUCAAUACAGUCAGCUAAAAAGCCACAGACGCAUUCACACUGGAGAGAAGCCGUACUUGUGUGACCACUGUGGGGAAAUAUUCGCUCAAGACAGUACUCUAAAAAGACACCAACUCAUUCACACUGGAGAGAAGCCCUACAGGUGUGAGCAGUGUGGGCAACAUUUCACUCAAGCCGGUUCUCUAAGAAGACACAUACGUAUUCACACUGGAGAGAAGCCAUACUGGUGUGAGCAGUGUGGGAGAACUUUCACUGACGGCAGUUCCUUAAAAAGCCACCAACGAAGUCACUUAAAUACUGAAAUACUGACCAUGUGUUAGAGACUGGUUAGCAGUGUCCCCCCGCCUUCUCUCCACGCCUGUAAUAACAGAGUUGUUCCAUCCUGAGCUUCUCCACAAACUGGGAGCUACCAACUGUUAUUUUAGAACCAGCAUAUAUGCUAUUAACUGCCCACGUGACUAAAUUUAUUGAAUGUUAUUUUGAAGCAAUUGAAGCAUCUGUGUGGGGUUGUAGCAUCUGACCAUUUUGUUAGUGUUUUUUUAUACAUUGUUAGUAGGUUAGC